UUUCAUCUACUUGAUAAGAAAAAAUAUAAAUUGAAAUUUCUGAUAACUUCACAUAAAGAAAUUUAUAAAUUGCGAAAAAAAAUUUUUGUAUUUUUUAUGUUAAAAUCAACUUAGUUUGCACAGUACUAUGUACCGAUUUAAGACAAUUUUUAAUCUUAUACCUAUGCUCUUUCGAGCUCAAAAUACAUUAGCAAAAUAUACAAAACCAUUAACUAAAAUUAAACAAAUACCUUUUAAUGUACCAUUAAGAUUAAUGUUUAUUCAAACACAAGAUACUCCAAAUCCAAAUAGUGUAAAAUUUUUACCAGGUGUUGAGGUGUUGGAUAAAGGACAUACUAUGGAUUUUCCAAAUGCAACUGUGGCACAAUGUAGUCCAUUAGCAAAACUAUUAUUUCGAAUCGAAGGAGUUAAAAGUGUAUUUUUUGGUUCUGACUAUAUAACUGUUACAAAAGUAGAUGAUGAAAUUGAAUGGAUGGUUCUUAAACCUGAAAUAUACGCUAUUAUUAUGGAUUUUUUUUCUAGUGGUUUACCUGUAUUAACUAAUGCAAAGCCUACCAGUGACACCCAGUUACUAGAAGAUGAUGAUGAAACUGUUAUGAUGAUAAAAGAACUUCUUGACAGCCGAAUUAGACCAACAGUACAAGAAGAUGGAGGGGAUAUUUUGUUUAUGGGAUAUGAUGCAGGAAUUGUUAAAUUGAAACUUCAAGGUUCAUGUAGCAGCUGUCCUAGUUCAGUGGUUACUCUUAAGAAUGGAGUACAAAAUAUGUUGCAAUUUUAUAUACCAGAGGUUGUAGCAGUUGAACAAGUAGAAGAUGAAAUUGAAGUACGUACUAAAGUUGAAUUUGAAAAAUUUGAAAAGAAACUACAAGAAAACAGUGACAAAAAAGAAUCAUAAUUCUAAUUUUUUUUUCCAUUAGCAAUUUAUUUUAGGAUUUUAUAUUUAAUAGAUUUUUUUAUUAAAAUCAUGCAAUUAGAUAUAAUUAGUUUAUUGUUAUUUAAUUAUUCCUUAAUUUAUUAUUUUAUAGUAUUGUUAUAUUUUUGAAAACAUUUUUUGUAAUCUUAAAUAAUAAUUAACUAACACAACUCUUAUGAUAACUUGGAACUAGAAUAAGUUAAUUGAAAUAUAAUGUACCUUUAUCUUAAUAAAGUAAGGUUUUACUAGAAAAACAAUUUUUUUUAUGAUUCUAUUUCAACAAAAAUAAAUGUAAAGGUUAUACCCUAGUA